UCCCGUCGGAGGCAAUAACUGCCGCGUGGAGGACGCCAGGGCCAAAUCCACUCGUUCAGUAAUUAGUUAGUCGGUUCUUAGUCCUCUGUGAGCGACUAAAAAGUUCACGUCUUUGAUUUGUUUUGGUUUCAUACCAGAGCCCAUUUUCAAUCAAGGGUCACUGUCAGUUCAACCUUUAGUUCACGCUAUCGAGCGAUAUAGCCUCCAUACUGUAGAACUGAUGCUGGACAAGAGUGGCCUAGCCCUUGAUCUAGAAGUGAGGAUGGAGUGGUUACACUCCGCUGCUCGCAGCCUGCAGGGAACAUGCAAAGAAUGUAAUCCCGUGGCUGAAGAGAGCAUAUCCUUACUUUUGCAGAAAGGGGCAGACCUGCACGCACGUACGAAUACUGGCUCAACCUGUUUGCAUGUCUAUUUCGACAAUAUUGACGCAGCCUGCCUAAGUUCCGUUAGACGACAAGUAUUGGCGACACUUAUCCAGGAUGGCCACGAUAUCAACGCCGUUGAUGGCAACGGUCACACUAUCGAAGAUACGCAAUACCGCUGUGAGGCUAAAUGCCAGGGCCGCCCAAUUCAUAACGUGAUAUCACGGCUUCAACUUCUUGCAUAUAAGAGAGACCUCUGGGAUGCUGUCCUUGUCCAGUGUGAUCGGCCCGUGGUUGAGCGAGGCUUAUUCUUCGGGGGACAACAAUGGAGAACAAUGGGGGCCAGGGAUAUCGCCGGGGAGAAAGAAUUUGAGGAUAUUUGGAGUGGCCUAGAACACCUCUGCCCGUAUUAUUAGUUAGCAUGUAUCGAAGGAUGAAAGAGCCUCGGUAUAUAGGAAGACAAACAAG